GUGCGCAAAAUGUUGGAUGUUGGUCAGGUCCCCGUGUACCGGUUCGCUGGGAUCUCUAAGUAGACAGUCCCGGUGUGUAAAAUUUGAAGAAAAUUGAAUGAAAUCGUACAACAGGAAACCAACUGCGCAUGUGUGCCAGCUCCGAGCAGCCGGUAAUGGUAGUGUGCGCUCUCAAGGUUCGCUGCUCUGAAAUUUACUUUGCAUUAGCCAAAUAUAUCUCGCACUGAUUUCACUACGUCGUGAUCCGUGAUUAAGAAUCGUCCUCAGUUGAGUCUACUGCGAUCCGCGAGAUACACAAGAUCACAAUGGCAGCCGAUCUGAAAGACGUUGAAAUUGAGAAGGCACAGUUUGUGUUCUCCGUCUACGAUUUCGAGGGCAAAAAUAGCAUUGAUGCCUUCGAAAUUGGAAAUGCCCUGCGCGCUCUCAACCUCAACCCAACUUUGGACCUGAUUGGCAAAAUGGGCGGAACCAAGAAGCGUGGCGAGAAGCAAAUCAAGUUUGAAGAAUUCCUGCCCAUCUACGCUCAGGUUAAGAAAGAAAAGGAGCAGGGAUGCUACGAGGAUUUCCUUGAGUGCUUGAAGCUGUACGACAAAAAUGAGGACGGCACCAUGCUGCUGGCUGAAUUGAACCACAGCUUACUUGCUCUGGGAGAAAAGCUGACCGAAGAUGAACUUGACGCAGUCUUCAAGGAUUGCAUGGACCCCGAGGACGAUGACGGCAACAUCCCAUAUGCCCCAUUUCUUCAGAGAUUGUGUGACUAUACACCACCAGCAUAUUAGAUCCAGUUCUGCGGUUGAUCCCAACCGUAGAAAAUGUAUGAUGGUUAUAUUAACAAUAAUUGAAUGAAAGAACCACCUACGUCCAGAGAAAUAACAAUUUGCAUAGAGCAAAACAUCGAAUAAAUACAAAAAUAAUUUGAACGGCGCCUCAUCAACACCACCAACACAAGCGCGUUAACACGAAAACUGAUAAUUUAUAAUGACAUCUAGUAUGGGAGCGGUUAUUAUUAAUUUCUUUUUUUUAAGUUUAAUAUAAAAAUAUAUGUGUAUAAAGAGAUUACCAAAUCCUUUCGCAUUAUUA